AUGUCGAGUAGGGCGGUGUUACAAAAAGGUCUGAGGCUUCAGGUGGGAGAUGGUGCGAAUAUCUCCUUAUGGAAUGACCCUUGGGUUCCAGAUCAGUUCUCUUUUCGACCUUUCUCCCCUGUGAUGGAAGGGACUGAGCAUUGGCGGGUUGCAGAUGUUAUUGAUGAUGAUAACAAAGUAUGGCUAACUGAUGUUCUGGAGGAGUUGUUUACUAGUGGGGAGGUUGGAAAAAUAGCCUCAAUCCCUUUAAGCAUUCGAGGGGCUAAUGAUAGAUGGGUGUGGCAUUUUGAUUCAAAUGGGGUAUACAAGGUGAGAAGUGGCUAUCAUGUGUUUCGUAACUUUGAGAAGAUAGAACAGACUGCAUCCUCGUCUGCGACGGAGCAGGGGGCCUUUGAGGAUAUGCUGGAACAAAAUCUGGCAUGCCAAUGUUCCACCCAAAGUUAA